CCCCGUCCCCGGUAGCUCACGGUUGCCAUACGCGCACUUACACACACACACAUACAUACAUACAUAUACACACACACACACGUUCUUACAUGUUCACUUACUCCCUUGGACAUAUACACACAGACACGCCAAGACGGCCCAGGCUGCAGUUAUUCGAGUGCGCGUGCCGGGAGAGACGAAGAAGCACUGAAGGAGCCCAGCAGCAGCGAAGACAACCACGCGCAUCCUGCACCUGUACGCUGACAGAGAGCAGUGCUGAGCUCGCCCGUGCGUCGCAAGAUGGUUUGAAAGUAAAGCGCGUUGGGUUUUCUUCUUUUCCGCCUCCUAACCACUGCGAAGAGCGCGAGCCGAGAACAAUAAUGUUGACGAGGCUUUUCAGUGACCCUUCGCUGCUUCCAGAGGUACAAAAAUAUUCUGCCUGGGCGGAAGACAGCGACAGCGACGACAACAAGAUCAAAGAUGAGGACCAGGACACCCAGGACGACAUGGAGUCCUCAGAUCUGAGAGGAGGCAGUCGGACGCACUCCGAACACGCAGGUGAAGACGAUGAGGAGGACGAGGUGGAGGAAGAGGAUGAUGGGGAGGAUACGGAGGGGGAGAGGCCUAAGAAAAGGGGCCCUAAGAAGCGCAAAAUGACCCAAGCCCGGAUUGAGCGCUCCAGGAUGCGGCGGAUAAAAGCCAACGCUAGAGAGCGAACCCGCAUGCACGACCUGAACUCUGCGCUAGACAAUCUGCGUAAAGUGGUGCCCUGCUACUCUAAAACGCAAAAACUUUCGAAAAUCGAGACGCUGCGGCUGGCCAAAAACUAUAUUUGGGCCUUGUCGGAGAUACUGCGCUCUGGGAAAAGGCCCGACCUUGUGUCCUACGUCCAGACUUUGUGCAAGGGACUCUCCCAACCCACGACCAACCUGGUGGCCGGAUGUUUGCAGCUGAACUCCCGCAACUUCCUCACUGAGCAACAGUGUCAGGAAGGGGGCAGGUAUGGCUCUGGCUCCUUCUCCAUGCAUUCUUACCCAUACCAGUGCGCGCGCCUGUCCAGCCCCCACUGCCAGCCGGGCUCGAACUCGCAUCCACUGAGGACGCACGGUUACUGCUCGACUUACGACUCACUGUACGGUGGGAGCGGAUCCCCUGAGUAUAAUAGCCCUGAGUAUGAAGGGCCUCUCAGUCCACCCCUGUGCAUCAAUGGCAAUUUUUCCCUGAAGCACCAAGGCUCCGCGUCCCCCGACAACGAGAAAGGAUACCACUACUCUAUGCAUUACUCCGGCCUGCCUGGCUCCAGAUCCACCGGGACUCACAACCUGGUGUUUGGCUCUUCAGGGACCCGGAGCGGCAUUCACUCUGAAAACGUCCUGCCUUACCAUGACAUGCACUUACACCACGACCGGGCCCCCGUGUAUGAUGAACUGAAUGCGUUUUUUCACAAUUAAGAGAGACCCACAUCGCGCGUCCCCUUGCUAACAACAAUCUCUCCAUGGCACACUUUUGGACAAGCCUACCAGCCAGGAAUUCUGGAAAAAAAAUCUCUCAGUCAUUGUCACAAGUGUUUUUGUGUUUUGUUUUUUUUCUUCUUCUUAUCUGUUCAGUUUUGAAAUAUGUUUUGCUUUAGUCAGGGAUGUAGUGGAUGGUACUACAUUAUACCCAUAAUCUUUUUUUGCGCAAUAAAAACAAACCAUCAUCUGAGUGUGGUAUAAAUCUCUUGGGGAUUUGAUAGACAAAUCAUAUCAUGACCUAUGAGGACAAAGGGAUUUGAAAUUGUUGAUAUUGUCAUGUGUGAUUUGUGUUUGUAUUGGUGGUUGUCUGCAUUUGGAAGUUUCACCAGUUCAGUUCCCACUACAUCACUGGCUACAGCCUUAUCUUGACAUUGAUGGUGAUUUUCUGGAGAAAU